AGUCUCCUUAAAGAAGGUAAACGCAAUGGAGUUGCCGACGAAUUAUCAGAUUAUUUUACAAUUGUUUGGACUUUUGUCUAUCUCAUCAAUUGUAACAGGAUUCCAGUAUGACCUUGUUACCUGUGGGUCCUCUCUAAAGUUGUUGAACACCUACCACAAUUUAAGACUUCACUCCCAUGAUGUCAAGUAUGGAUCAGGAAGUGGACAACAGUCUGUAACGGCUGUAGAGUCUUCUGAUGACCAUAAUAGCUACUGGCAAGUGAGAGCUAAAACUGGGACACAUUGUGUACGAGGUCAGCCUAUAAAAUGCGGUCAGACUAUACGACUGAUGCACCUGCAGACCCGCAGGAAUCUCCACAGCCACCACUUCCAGUCUCCUCUCUCUCAUAACCUGGAGGUCAGCGCCUUUGGGGAGGACGGGGAGGGCGAUGAAGGUGACAAUUGGGCUGUUAUUUGCUCUGGGAAACACUGGAGUAGGAACGAGAAAGUACGACUGAAGCAUGUUGUCACUGAAUAUUAUCUCCACGUGGCUGGUGAAACGUUUGGUCGCCCGAUCGCAGGUCAGCGUGAAGUGUCCGCCUAUUCAUCACCCAGUGAUCUUAACUACUGGCAGGCAAUGGAGGGGAUCUAUGUGAAACCCUCUGAGGACCCUGUUGGCACGUAUAGGGCCGAUAGUCCGCAUGUCGCACAGGCUCACACUGAACUGUGAUCUAGUAGCCAACUUAAAUGUAACGCAUUCUUAUUGGACCAUUUCACAGUUUCCUGAGCCGUGAUCUGGUAGAGAACUUAGUUGUAAGGCAUACAGUUUGGGCGGUUUCACAGUUUUGUGGCUUUUGACAUUGUCUUUUUUUAACAAUGAGUCGUAGAACAGAAAUGGGGAGAAUCUUACUUAGUCAUAGUUGUAUGUCUUAAUGUUGUUUUUGCUGCAAAAAUAAUUAUUCUAGUAUUUAUGAUGUCUUUUGUAAACAUGAUUACUCUGGUAUGUCAACCAUUAAGCAAGUUUUUAUUGACAUUUACAUAGGUACUAAUACCUUUACAAGGUAUACACAUUUUUAUUGGCAAAAAGUUAGGUUUGUAAAAUAAUUUUCUCCAAGUCAAAACUGUGAAAGUGCCCAAUAUGUUUAUGCAUACUGUAUACUGAAAUUCUUGAAAUCUUAUGUAAUUAGUUUUGAUUAUGCUGUCUUGAUAAAUAGUGUUUCUUUUAUUUCUUGUAUAAAGCAUGCUUACUACUAUUUGCACAAAACACUUUUGUUAAUUUUUGGCAAUGCUUUCUUUAGUAGUGCUGUUUGUUUUUUUUAAAUAUUUAUGUGAAAUCUGUAUUUAAAUUUUUCAUUUUAAGGGUUACUGAUUUUUCUGAAUUUGUGUGGUAGAGGAAUGAUUUAAGAACUAUUUUCUAUUGUUUUUGUUUAUCUGUAUCUGCUGUUAUUUAAUGUACACCAUACUGUUAGUUUUAUUGAUAGCGAAUGUUCACAUCAACUGAGACUGUUUCAAGACAACAAAUCAUAAAUGUGGCUGUACAAAUGACUGGAAAUUCAUAAAUGCUGUUAUUGAAAACAUUGUCGUUGUUUUCUUUUAAGGGAAAUUGAGUUUCUUAAAAGUAGUUUUUUUGUGUUGGUCAGAGUUUCUUUCUCAUCGGAUGCUAAUAUGUUUAAUACUUUUUGUACAUGUAUUUAAUAUUCUGUAUAGAACAAACAUAUUAAUAAGACUUUAUUUCUAAAUGUCAUUCUGUAUUCUCUGUUCAUAUAAUGUGUGUAAAUACACAUUUCCUGUAUGUGUCCUUCAAGUUACAUGACUGCAAAAUUUACAAGUGUCAUUGAAAAAGUGUAUAUUCAAAGAUGAAGAGUGUUUGGGAAUGUUCGUUGUUAAAUUUCGAGGUGAAGUAUGGGUGCACAUGUGACAUCAAGGGUGAUUUAGAGCUGAUAAAAUGUUCAGGUUUGUGUCUAUAAAAUUGUCUAAUGAAAUAUUGAAGUUAUUGGUAAGUCAUCUGUACAUUGAUUUAAAUUGCUUUAUGAAGAAUCAUUAAGUUAAGUCAACAAACAAUUUAACAGGACAGUAUUUUCAGUUAUUUAACAGCUUAUUGUACAAUUGGUGAUAUAUUGGUAUGAGUAUGCCAGUGGUGAACAGUACACAAUGCUGUUAAAUAAUAUGUUCAUUCUGUAAGUUAUUUUCAUCUUGUACAUGAUAACAUCAAAACAAGUAUACAUUAACAUCAUUUGAUGACGUUUUGUGACAUUUGCUGUUGAACGUAAUGUUUAUUGACAUAAGAAAAACACCUUCAUAGAUUGUCCAGAAAGUUAUUCACAACAUAUUUUUGUAUGUGAUUUUUGUUAUUAAACAACAUUUUCACAGAUCUACAUAAUGUUUUGUUUCAACAGCAUGUCGAUUCUAUAGAUUUUUCAUGAUGCAUAGGUAUGGAAUCAACUCGGAUAUAUUUUUUAAAACUCUUUUUACUGGCCAAUAUAUUGGAUGCACCUGUUUCAAAGUGGUUAAAUAUUGCACAGUCAGUUGGUACGAAUGGCAACAGUGGAUUGGCUGAUAUGAAAGUCAGGUGGUACGAAUGGCAACAGUGGAUUGGCUGAUAUGAAAGUCAGGUGGUACGAAUGGCAACAGUGGAUUGGCUGAUAUGAAUAUGCAUAUGUUCAGAAUUUGUCUAUAUCUCAAGCCUAUUAUUCUAUUUGAUGUGAGUUGAGUGAUUUUAGGUGUUUACAUGUAUUUCACUCAUGCACUGUUUCAACCGUUGAAGCUUCUCAUUUAUUUUAAGAUUUAAAAUGAUUGCCGCUUUGUAUACAUGUGAUGGUACAUAUUACUCUGUCGAUAAAGUUUGUUUUACUAAACUGUUAACACACCUAUUUUGUAUUUCUAUUGAAUAUUGUUGGAACGUGCAUAUGUAUUUGUGUGUAAUAGAUACUGGUACAUUAAAUAUCGUCUUUGAAAUCCAUAUUUCGGCCAAUUUGCCAUAAUUUCAUGUACAGUCUAUAAAUCUCUCUCUACAUAUCUGUCAAUAUCAAACACAGUAUUAGGCUUAAUAGGUAAAAAUUAUUAUAAUAGUAAAAAAUUACAUACCGGUAAUUUGUAAAUAUUCCGGUGUUGUAUUAGUUGUCACAUGUUAAGAGAACUGUUUUAGUCUAGGAGCGUUACUGUUAAUAAAUUAUUUGAUUUACUAUUCUCACACAUCAUUCAUUGAUUGUUUAUAUUCACUCUGGAACAAAACUGGUUGGCCAUUAUUAAAAUAACCACAUAUUUUAUUAAUAGAAGCGUAAAUGAAACUGAAUGUGAACCACUUGAGAUUUGUUUUGUCGUACAAGUUUAAAUUGUGUAGUGUUGACUCUAUGUCUUUAUAAAUAACGUGUUGUUCUAUGGGGCUUCUCAUCAAUUUGGCAUAAUUUGUUUUAUUGUUUUCAUGUUAAAAAAUAUAUGUAUUAAAAAUAAGUGUUAUGAAUAGUUUUAAAAACUUUGUUUCUGCCUGAACACAUUAAAAAAGAUAGCAAUGUGCAUGCUCAUGAAAUAUGGAUAAUUAAUAUUUCACCUAUUGUGAUAAAUAAAACAAAAACAAAACUGUU